AUGAGUUUAGGAAAAAUUUCUCAAUUGUUGGAUAGCAAUUCUCAGCAAAUAUUUACCGACCUUUUUCUUUCGUUACUGAACGAAUUGCCUAAUUUAAUAAUUCCGGGACUUAAAUUAGAACCAAUAAUCGGAUAUAAGACCAUGUAUUAUCACUACCAAGUUCUCCAUAAAAAUUACGAAGUUAAAUUAGAUGAGACAAUAAGGGGAACCGAAAUAGAGAAAAAUUUUCCUGCGUUAGAGGAAUUAAUGGGAAGUUUAGACAAACUACCGGACGAGUUAAAAGAGGAUGUUCGUUUUUUUGGUGGCGGAUUAAUUAAUCAUAAUUUUUUCUUUAGACAUCUUACUAAAAUGAAAAUGAGCAAAAAAUCCGAAGAAAACAUUGAUUCAAAUUUAUUAGAAACUAUUGAAAAAGAGUUCACUAACUUAGAAAACUUGAAAAAAGAAUUAACCAAAAGUGCCUUGAAAGUUCGGGGCAGCGGUUGA